GCAUACCGCAAACGUGAAACUCGCGCGGAGUUUGAUUCUUUAUUCUAUGAUGAAACUUGGGUGAAGUUUGGUGUAGUUUCCACUGCAUUGUCCCAGUGCCAUUGAGGUCUCGCCCGCGGUAUCGCCGAAUGUGAUCGUCCCAAAAUACGUUCGGCUUUAUGACAUUUGUUGCCCAGUUGCCGGUGCUACCGUAACGCAUCUGAAACAAAAGGCCUCACAAAUGCAAUGAGCCUUGGUGAAUGCAUCACUGUUGCCGAAGCGGCAUGCCUCGCCCCUUCCAAGGUCAUCGGUCAGGUCGAGGUUGGUACGCAGUUCAGCUUGCCUCUGGCUGACAAGUCUGUUGGGUGCUCCUUCAAAGCGGAGAGGGAGUCGAGGAGUGUGCAGACCAUAGAGACUGUGGAUCAGUCAAGCUCCACCUCAGGCCUCACAAAUGCAAUGAGCCUUGGUGUUGCCGAAGUGGCAUGCCUCUCCCCUUCCAAGGUCAUUGGUCAGGUCGAGGUUGGCCUGCAGUGCACCUUGCCUCUGACUGACAAGUCUGUUGGGUGCUCCUUCAAAGCAGGGACCGAGUCGAGGAGCGUGCAGACUACGGAGAGUCUGGAUCAGUCAAGCUCCACCUCAGUAUCGAGGCCUUCUAUUUCUCCAUCAGCAGCCAGCAGUGACAACUCACAGCAGGGAUGCCUCCACCAAUGCCGUCUCUGUGAUUAUGAGACUGAUAAACUGUUUCGUCUGGAAGAACACUCCAGGGUCCAUACUGGCGAAUGUCUGUUUAAGUGUCAUUUGUGCCUGCAGAGCUUUUCAAGAAAGUACAACCUAAACAGGCACCUGUUCCUCCAUACCGGCCAGCGUCCGUUUAUAUGCCAUGUGUGCUCUCAGUGCUUCUCACUAAAGGCCCACCUGACAAACCACCUGCACACCCACACUGGUGAGAAGUCAUUUCAGUGCCCUUCAUGCCCUCAAAGCUUCUUGGAAAAGUCCAAGCUUAAGGAACACCUGUGCACCCACACUGGCCUCACAAAUGCAAUGAGCCUUGGUGAAUGCAUCACUAUUGCCAAAGAGGCAUGCCCCACACCUUCCAAGGUCGUCAUUCAGGUCGAGGUUGGCCUGCAGUGCAGCUUGCCUCUGGCUGACAAGUCUGUCGGAUGCUCCUUGAAAGCAUGGAGGGAGUCGAGGAGCGUGCAGACUACGGAGGCUGUGGAUCAGUCAAGCUCCACCUCAGCAUCAAGGCCUUCUAUUUCUCCAUCAACAGCCAAUAGUGACACUUCACAGCAGGGAGGCCUCCACCAAGAUCAUCUCUGCGAUUAUGAGACUGAUAAACUGUUACGUCUAGAAGCACACGCCAAGGUCCAUACUGGCGAGUGUCUGUUUAAAUGCCAUUUGUGCUCUCGGAGCUUCUCAAGAAGAGACCGCCUGAAGAGGCACCUGCUUGUCCAUACUGGCCUCACAAAUGCAAUGAGCCUUUUUGAAUGCAUCACUGUUGCCAAUGCGGCAUGCCCCGCCCCUUCCAAGGUCGUCGGGCAGGUCGAGGUUGGCCUGCAGUGCAGCUUGCCUCUGGCUGACAAGUCUGUCGGGUGCUCCUUCAAAGCAGGAAGCAAGUCGAGGAGCGUGCAGACUACAGAGGCUGUGGAUCAGUCAAGCUUCACCUCAGGACUCCCGGGUGCUGAAGCGCCGUCUCAGCGCAUGUCAGGCGAAGAACUGCGAGAGAACAUCAAGGCCUUCUACUUCUCCAUCAACAGCCAAUAGUGACACUUCACAGCAGGGAUGCCUCCACCAAGAUCAUCUCUGCAAUUGUGAGGCUUAUGAACUGUUUCGUCUGGAAGCACACGCCGAAGUCCAUACGAGCGAGUGUCUGUU